AUGAACAACCUUGAUGAUAUGGAUUUAGACCAUGCCAUGACCCAUGAACCAAACAGUGCCAAUCUCUCAACGCUGGAAAAGAAGAUUAAGGAGAAGAAUCAACAGCUGAAGAAGGUAAGUGCCCCAUUCAUUACAAUCACAUCCAAGUAUAUCAUGAUCGGAACAGCUUUCAAAAGCAUUCUAUGCUCUUCAACAAGAAAAGAGAGAUCUCGAAGAGUAUUGUAUUGUACUGGAUCAGAGAAUAUGGAAUUUCGUAAAGUUAAAGAACAAAUGGAUUUUCUGAAAAGCAAGGAUGAAGAUAUUGCAAGGCAACAUCAAAAACUAUUGGAAAAUGAGGAAAAACACAUUCAAAAGUUGGAAAAAGAUAUUGAAAAACAUAAAGAAGAGAAGAGGAAAUUACAAGCAAAGAUCAAAGAUUACUUCCUUCCAGAGAUUAAAAAACUCCAGACACUCAGUGCUAAACUUGAAAAAACGAAUAUCAUGCAGAAAAAUCAGCUGAAAGAAUUAAAACAUGAGCUCAAAGAGAAAAUCAAAACGAUAGAGAGAAUGAUUGAAGAAGCUAAACGAGAUGAAUCUCUUCAAAAUAUUCGUUUUUUACAAGAUCAAAACUCAGUGCUACAAACACAACUCUUUUACACUGAAAAGAAGGAACAUAUUGAUGCUUUGAAGAGAGACAAAAUGAGCCUUUCGAGACAGCUCAAGAAAGAAGGUAAAAAGGCCAUGAAGAGAGAGGAAAUUAUCUCAGAUCUUCUCGAAAGAAAUUCCAAGUUGAGACAAGCAUUUAUCAGUUCAAGUAUUCCUCCUCCUACUGUUGUAGAUCAUGUGGUCGAAAAAUCCUUUUAUGAUAAUGUUUCGAAUCAACUUAAAUUAAUUCAACAACAACUGGAUAUGGAUGUUGGAUCCAGAGAAAUAAUUGACGCUCAAAAUCUUGAAAAGGUAGUGGAUGAAGUACCAAUUACUUUCCCUUCUUCCCCUCCUCGAUUUUCUGAAGAAAACGAAGAAAUAACGAACUCUCUUCAAAAUGAAAGCAACAGAUUGCUUGCUAAAUCCAAUUUCCUUACCAAUGAGUUCAAAGAAGUGAAUAUUUAA